GUGCAGAUGGAGGAGGGAUAUGAACUCGACCUCACCUAUGUGACGGAGCGCAUUAUUGCGGUGUCCUUCCCUCAAGACUGCUUCGAGGAGACGUACCUGCGCAACCUGAGAGACGUCACGCGCAUGCUCAAGUCCAAACACGCAGACAACUAUCUGGUGAUCAACCUGUCAGAGAGAAAGCAGGAGCUCACUAAGAUGAACCCUAAGACUCUGGACACGGGAUGGCCGGACUUCCACGCUCCUCCUCUGGAUAAGAUCUGCUCCAUCUGUAAGGCCAUAGAGGACUGGCUGAACGCCGAUCUGCUGCACGUGGUGGUCAUUCACUGCAGGGGAGGGAAGGGCAGGAUCGGAGUGGUCAUCUCCUGCUUUGUUCAUUUCACAGACGUCUCUGCCAGUGCGGAUCAGGCUUUAGAUCGCUUCGCCAUGAGGAAGUUCUAUGAUGACAAGGUUUCUGCGUUGAUGACGCCGUCUCAGAAGAGGUACGUGUGGAUCCUCAGCAGUCUCCUGAGCGGCUCCAUCAAGAUGAACACGUCUCCUCUCUUCCUCCACUGCAUCAUCAUUCAUGGCAUCCCUCACUUCGACCUUGCAGGAGUGUGUCAGCCGUAUCUGAAGGUGUAUCAGGGGAUGCAGGUGGUCUAUGUCUCUGGAGUCUAUCACGUUGGAGCCGCUCACAGAGACAGGAUCUGCAUCGCCCUCGAACCAGCACAGCUACUGAAGGGAGAUAUUCUGGUGAAAUGCUUCCAUAAGAGCAGCCGGUCUGAGCGAGACGUUAUAUUCAGAGUUCAGUUUCACACGGGUGCCAUUCAGGCCUACAGCCUCGUGUUUCAGAAAGACGACAUGGAGCACGCUAACAAAGAUGCCAGAUUUCCAGAUUAUGGGAAAGUGGAGUUGGUGUUCUCUGAUGGCCCAGAAAGAAUUUCAGGUUCAGAGCGCUGGCACAACGGCCCAGAUGUGACCGUCGACUACAUGAGCACAGAUUCAUUCUCUAAAUGGAACUCCUACCAGAACAUCUGCACUGCAGAAGCGACUCCUCUCCAGUCUCCUGCUCUCACGCUGGACCGAUGCUCGGUGAGGAAGAAUGGCAGCAGGAGUGGCACGCUCUCCUCCAGCCCCGACCACACGCUCUCGGCCAGCAGCGACUCGGGCCUGUCCAGUGCCUCGCUGCGCACCGACGGCUGGCCCAGAACCCCGCAGCCCAGCCAGCAGGAGCGUGUGGAGCUCAAGCGGUUGCUCAGUGGCUUCGGCCUGGACGAGACCAGUCGAGGCUGCACCGCAACGGAGCCGCCGCUCUUGGGCCCGCCGCCGAGCCACGAGAACGCACCGAAGGAGUGCGAGAGCGACAUCCUGGACGACGAAGCGCUGGCCUCACGGCACGACCUGCACAGCGUGGACAGUCUGGGCACGCUCUCCUCGUCCUAUCACAAGAGUAGCCAGAACUCGCUGCUGUCCGACGGCUUUGGCGCAGACGAGCCUCAUGUGUUCCAGCACGCUGGAUACUCCACGCAGACCUGGGUCCAUCAGCAGCAGCUGGUCGCCGCUCAGCAGUACCUGUACCUGCCCGAGGAGGACGCCACAGAGCAGCGCUUCCACAGCCGCAUGCAGCAGCUGCUGCCUAAACCCGCUGUGCAGAGCAGCUGUCUGUCGAGCCCCUCCGUCUCUCAGAGCCAAGACGUGGAGAAGAAACACGACGAGGAGUUCAGCUCUCUGACGCUGGACAUCGAUAACUCCAUCCAUCAGCUCAACCAGCUCAUCCUGGACCUGGAUCCCACCUUCGUGCCGGUUUCCACCAAACCCAGCUGCUUCAGCGGAGCAAACACACAGACUCGUCAGACGGAGCACAGAUUCAUUAUGAGCCCAAAGUCGAGUGACAUGACGGAGCUCACUGGAGCACGAGAACAGACGGCCUGGACACUGAACCUGAACACAGCAGACACACACACACUGAGCGCUGCUGCACCGCACACACAGCAUGCAGCGGUGUUCAGAGCAGAUAGUGUGCAAUACUCGUCUCACAGUUCACUGGACACUGGCAGUGACAUGAUGCCCUCAACACCAACCUUCCCCAUCACACCACCCACUCCAUACGUGAAGAGCAUGAUGGGCUACUCAGCGUUCAGACAGACGCCGUCUCCUUCAUUUGGAUCCUGUAGAGCUGAACACGAUAUGAGAGAGAAUGCAGGAUUCAUGGGAGCUUCAAAUGAAGGUUUCCAGCAUCACAGACCGUACAUCACUGGAGUCACGGCCUUCUCUGACCGGUCUGCAGACUGCGUGAGCUUCGCCCCGUCCUCCUCCGGCCCGUCUCUGCCCGCUCCGAACGCCCACAGCUCUCCUCUCAGCGGCCCGAGAGCCCGAGUCCUGCAGCAGCCUUUUGAGGAGAAGCUGGAGGCACUGGAGUCUGACGGCGAGCUGUCGCAGGGUUCGGCGUCUCCCAGCGGUUUCUCCAGUCCUCACAGCGUCUCCUCGCUCAGCAUCCCCUUCCCCAGCGUCCUGCCCUCAGACCGGCUGACCGUCAGCUUCGUCCAGGACACCUCCAAAUACUGGUACAAGCCCGACAUCGCUCGGGAACAAGCUAUCACGGUCCUGAAGGACAGAGAGCCCGGCUCCUUCAUCGUGAGGGACAGUCACUCGUUCAGAGGAGCGUAUGGACUGGCCAUGAAGGUGUCCACACCGCCGCUGUCAGCUCUGCAGAGCCGGAGAGGAGUGGAUCUGUCCAGUGAGCUGGUGCGGCACUUCCUGAUCGAGUGCUCGGCGCGGGGCGUCCGGCUCAAGGGAUGCCCUAACGAACCCUACUUUGGCAGUCUGAGCGCUCUGGUCUGUCAGCACUCCAUCACUCCUCUGGCUCUUCCCUGUAAACUCAUCAUUCCUGACAGAGAUCCUCUAGAGGACGCUGUCAGCGCAUCGUCACAGUCCAUCACCAACUCUGCGGCUGAGCUCCUCAAACAAGGAGCAGCCUGUAACGUGUGGUUCCUGGGUGCGGUGGAGAUGGAGUCUCUGACGGGGUUUCAGGCGGUGCAGAAGGCCACCGCUGCGGUCCUGAGCGCCGACUCGCUCCCGUCCUCCACCGUAGUGCACUUCAAAGUGUCCUCGCAGGGAAUCACGCUCACCGACAACCAGAGAAAACUGUUCUUCCGGAGACACUACGCUGUUAACACCGUCAUCUUCUGUGCUCUGGACCCACAGGAUAGGAAAUGGAAACGAGAUGGCUGCUCCUCGGCAAAGAUCUUCGGGUUUGUGGCGAGGAAAGCAGGCAGCGGUUUGGAGAACGUGUGUCAUGUGUUCGCGGAGCACGACCCCGAGCAGCCCGCCAGCGCCAUCGUCAACUUCGUCUCUAAAGUCAUGAUCGGCUCUCAGAGGACGUGAUGAACGAGGAGUCCAGACAAACCCUCUGAAAACCUGCAUGCACUGUGUUUAUAUAUUUGUGUAUUGACAGUGUAAGUGUGGUUCACACAGACUACACAGAAUUAUUCUCAUUAGAAAUAAAUCUCAACAUACAUGUUUAUGGACAGUACUGCUUUUUUAAAUUAUUUCUAGUAUCUUAUGUGUAAUGUAUGUCACUACUGAUGACAUAAAACCAAAAACGUCUUUAUAAUGUCAUUGCAUUUUAGAUAUCUAUAUAUUUAGUAUUUUUUUAUUUUUUUACAUGCAAAUUUCUAUUAGCCAAGUCGUUUUCUGCAGAAAAAAAGAUACUUCAUAUAUGCAUAUAUAUAGAAAGGUUAUGCAUGUGAAAUAGUUUGAGAUGUCUGUAGUCAUGUUUGUCAUCAGAAUCAGUGCUCACAAGGUGAAUGAAUAUGAGGCUCUGAGGCUUCUGUGAAUCUGUUCUUCGUGUCAUGAUGCUGUUUUUAUAUAAAGUCGUGUGUUGUACAGGAGUAUCUGUAUGAGAGUGUUCAGAGACUCAGGCUUGGUUUAAUGAUCUGUGUUGUUCUGUGGACUCUUAUAAACUCAUCUGAACAGAUCAUACAUGUGAUAAUAUAUCAGCAGGGAGCACAAAUGUACUGAUGUUCACACAGAUAACUGUUGAGGGCUCUGGUUAUUUAUACUUGAUGUUGUUAAACUCACUGGUGAUUUUCAGAAACUGAAAUGAACCUCUCACUCACACAGUCUCUGAAUAUCUGAAAUAUCAUGUUUUUGAAUGUCUGUUCAUGUACUUCAUCUGCUUCCAUCAGUGGCAGAAUCUGAGAAAUAAAGAGUAUACAGACAGAAA